AAUAUAGAAGUGGGAUCACCAUUAUAUGAUCAAUUGCAUAAUUAUAGAUUGACAAGAUAAUACAUUGAGUGAGAUAUUAUGUUAUGUUCUUUCUCUUUGUCAGAGAGACAGAACAUAUAUAGAGAGAGAAGGAUGUGCCGUGAUGAGGUGGGUCUGCAAGGAUCGCAUACUACAAGAAACCCAAAAAAGGGUACAACACUUCCCAUUCCAAUUCCCAUUCCCACUAUAUAUCAAAAACCCAUACAGCUAGCUUGUACAAUAUAAAAAAAAAAAGAUAAUAAAUUACAUAAUAACUGGUGUAUGUACUAUAAACAAUAUCAUACAAUAUUUAUAUAAAGAAACUCAGAACUUAAAAUCCACAGCUGUAAAUGCAUGUCCUUUAGCGGGAACUUGUCCCUCACAUCUGGUGAAAUUUGUGGCGUUUUGCUGUUUCUGGCCCCUGCUCCUCUUUCAUUUCAUUUUACUGGCGGUUUCUCAGAGUUCUGUUGUUCUGAAUAAUGAUGCUUCUUCUUUGAAUUUUCAUUUAGCAAUUAUUAUAUAAUCUUUGAGUAAUAAGAGGCUCGUCAACCGAAGGAGAAGUGUUUCCCUUUUCGGGGCUCCUCCUUUUCUUGCAAUCUCUGCAAUUUUUUCUCAUUUGUCUUUCUAUGUUCCAUCACUUCAACACCAUAAACAUAUCAUAAAGCAAUGCAUUGCUUGUUAGUUGCUACUAGUUGCUAUUGUGUGGUACUGUGAUGUUGUUUCCCAAAUCCUCUUUGUCUUAUAUCUAGUCCCUUCCUUCAUCCUCCUUUCUCACACACACUACUCUUUCCCUAUAAUUGGAACCAAAUUUCAUAUUCUUUUUGCUUGAGCUCUCAUAUUUCUUCACAAAAUGAGGUUUCAUCAUCAUGUCAUUGGUUGUCAAAGACUUGGCUUUGUUUGCAUUUCUCUUUUCUUUCUGAUAUUUUCAAGCUGGAUCCAGCAAGGGUUAUUAGUAACUGAAGGUAGAAAGACUCACAACAAGCAAAGUGGUUUUGACCAGAAAGUGAGUGAGGAUAAUAAGAUGCUACUGAGAGCACAAAUUGGUUCAAGGCCACCAAAAUGUGAGAGAAGGUGCAGGUCAUGUGGGCACUGUGAGGCUAUUCAGGUACCAACAAAUCCACAAGUGCAGAAUGGGAAAAUCAACUCUUCAAAAUUCUCCAGAAUUGCUUAUGCCAAGGGAGAUUACUCUUCUAACUACAAGCCCAUGAGUUGGAAAUGCAAAUGUGGGAACCUUAUUUUUAAUCCUUGAAUCUAAUUGUAUCACAAUUUAGUUCCUUUAUAUAUGAUCAAGGAUACAAGCUAAUUAAUUCUGUACAUGAAUAUACACUUUUAAGUUAUUCUUUUUUAGUUUUUUGGAGCUUUAUUUGUUCUUACCUCCAUAUCUCCUUAUUGUGAGGAACAAGGUUUUAUCUCUAUUAUAUUUUGUUCUCUAUUGAUAUUAAGUCCUUCCUAUCAUUUAUCUUGUGUUAUCAUCA